AUGAUCAUCUCCCUCAAAAUCUUGUUGCCUUUCAUACUUACUGCCUACGCGGUCUACGUGGAACAACUGGAAUACUUUCCAUCCGACGUCUUUUUGUUCCCGGAAACUUGUACCACUACAACCUCGUCAACAGCAUCGACUACUAGAACCACUACUGGUCUGUCAUCAACUGCAACUACCACCGGACCGUCGACAACUAUCCCAACUACCGCACUACCAAUAUCAAGUUCUACAACUCUUUCAUCCUCUUCCAUUUCAACUACUCAAUCGUCAAUCUCUCCAACGUCAACCACUGAUACCUCUACUACUAUCUCUUCCACUGAUACGUCGUCAACCUUCGCUUCAACCGGUUCUUCGUCAACUGCAACUCCAACAAAGCCAUCGACCACCUCAACUACAUUGACGUCUACCACAUCGGAAACAACUCCCUCAACUACUGGAACAACAACUUUGGAUGCCUCAACCACCACAUCCACCACAGCUACCGAACCAAUCACUUCAACUGCAACUACUACUCCUACUACAUAUUCUGCUUCCUCUUCAUCUACUCUGAAAGAUUUCACUGAUGCCACGCUCACUUCGUCAACAAUUGAGUCUACUGUUGCUACCGAAGUCAUUACGACUACAAUCAUAGCUGAAUCACUGAAAUCAUCAAGCAUCCCAACUUCUAUUGAAUCCCUUCUAACUUUAGAUUCUGCUCUGUUUACCGAAAUGCUGACUACUCCAACUACUCCAACUGCAUCUUCUUCGGUUUCUUCAACUUCUGCGAAACCAAGCACAGCCACUGGACCGGUCACUUCGACCUCAUUUACUUCAUCGGAAACGGCUACAGCACCAACUACUUCGUCUUCAUCUGAAUCAACAUCGAGUCCGUCCACUGUAUCAACUAGUUCGUCGACUACCUCAGGAUCUACUUCUGAUUCUGUAACUUCCCCUUCAUCAACAUCAAAUUCUCCAUCAACCCCAACAGAGACUACAAGUCCGACAACGACCGACUUCGAUUCUUCAAGCUCUUCCCAACAGUCAACUACUGUCGUAUCCAGUGAAACCACUACAAACACUGAAACUUCGUUCGGCCCAACAACGUCUGAAUCCAGUUCACCAAUCACUUCUCAACCAUCGAUGACCGUCGAAACCACGGCGACCACUACUGUAAAAAUCGAAGACUUGGAAAAUGUGACAACUGAACAAUCUUCUUCUUCUUCUUCCUCUUCCUCUUCUACUACUCGCUCAACUGAGAUUCCGUCAACUUCAUCUUCUGAAACUUUGGAAGUCACAACUGCGGAAACAUCGUCAACAUCGGUACCAACAACGGCUAAAAAUUGGCAAAUUGUGGACGUGGAAAAUGUGAUAACUCGAGCAGUUGAGCAAUCUUCUUCUCCUUCUCAACAGACAGAUAUGACGUCGUCUUUGCCCACUAGUGCUUCAGAAACUACAACUACAGUGACAACGUCCACAUCAGAUCCAACUACGACAAAACAUCAGCAAAUCAAUGAUUCUGAGAAUGUGAUCACACCAACAACUUCGAGGGUUUCUUCUUCCUCUCCCCAGCCAACCGAAACGCCGAAAGUCACCACGAUAAGAGCCACAUCAACAUCGGCGUCCACUACGACUGAUUCAGAGGAUUUGACAACACCAGAAACUAUGCAGACUUCUUCUACUACUCCUCAGCCAGCCACCUCGUCUUCUACUUUCCCUACUUCAACUUCGAAAAGCUCUACAACGGAAACAGAAGCGCCAUCAACAACGUCAGAAACUACGGCAACUUCGAAAUCUUCUCCCUCUUCUUCGGCAGUUACUUCUUCAAAGACCUCUACUAAAACCGCCGGAAAACCUAGGAACACACCUAAUUGGCCUCCGAAAAUGCCAAUGGCUUCUACUGCUGGCCUCACACCAUCUGAAGGUUGGGUACCUCCUGAGAGUGCAAGUUCGGAACAUGUGACGACAACAGAAACAUUGCAAUCUACUCCCUCUUCGUCUGCUGGAACUUCUUCAAUGACCUCUACUGGCACCACAGUAGAAUGGCCCCUAAAACCUCCAAUGACUUCUACUGCUGAUCUCAUGCCAUCUGAAGGUUCGGUACCGACUGAGAGUAGCACUCCAACUCAAAAAUGUUACACGUACGGUUAUAGAAAAUGCAUGAAUAGUGAGCCGGAAGUUAGAAACAGUUGCGAAACUUAUCCUACUGUAGAUACAAGCGCUACUUCUAAGAGAUUCCUGUUGUGCAAUCAGCCUCCAUACACCAAACUCAUGUCACGGCACCACAUGUAUGACGGUCACUAUAAAAUAUUUGAUCAUGUUUUCAUGAAAAUGUUCACCAAGGAGGAGUACGAUACGAGAUACGGAAUGUGGUGGUUGAUUCAAAAUGCAAGACAACUUGGAAUAUUCUUAGUGUACUCCGGAGAUCAGGUCGCAGUCCUCAGCACUACCGAAUAUUGUGAUGAAGAUCUUGGAAAUUGUCUUCCAGAAAGUUUCCAAGACAUCGAGAGUUUCUCCGUUUUGAUAUGCUACAGAGAAGGGACUGACGGACAAACUGUCAACAAUGUCGAAGCAUUCAUUGACCAUUUGAAGAAUUGA